AGAGAGUACUGUGCAUGUACGCCUACACUGCAGUGAGUGUAUAUCACCUCAGUAAGUCGCACCGAGACGCCACUAAUUUUUACCAGCUGUGAGAGGCACGGGAGCGGGGUGAACAAAAUGGCAUACUACAUAGAGUACGACGAUCCAGCCUGGACUUAUGUCUAUGUGCCUCCAUACAGCUAUGAUGACGAACCCCUGGGUUUCUACGUAAACCCAACAGAACACUUGUAUACUGGUACCCGAAGCUACGACGAUAGCAUCUAUGAAAUUCGCCAACGUCGGUAUGCUCUUGAGGAUUGGAUCCGUGAUGAUGAUCUGUCCUACACCCCGCUUCCCAGAGACGCCUCACCCAGGAGACGCCGCGCGCGUUCGUCUGUUCGGGAUUACAUACCCAUUUCGGAAUACACUCCACGUCCUAGAUUUGCAUCCCCCACACGAAGACGUGCACGUUCCUCUGUCAGGGAUUACGUUCCCGUGAGAGUUCCGGAGUACACUCCACCUCCGGUUGCUUCUCUUCCUGUUCACCGGAAAUCCCCGUAUAUCGGUAAAUAUGCCAGGCAGUUAAGGUUUGAUAGCAGGGCGAGCUGGGUACCUUUUGCUUCUCCUAAAGAAGAUGAAUUUGCUGUUAAUCUUGAUCUGAAAUCAGACGCUUUGAAUAGGGGACUUUUGAGACGAGAUAUCGACACUGCCUUGCGCUCAUCAUACGCCAACAAGGGAAGGUCCGAGGUACGUUCUAAGAGGGAUUUUGCUCUCAGUGAACUACAACGGCUGGAUAGAAAACAAGCGCAAAUUUCGAAAAAUCUUACCCAUUUCAAGCGGGAUAUCUUAAAGGCAAAACACCAAAGCCAGUACAGAAACUUCUAAGAUGAAAAUCAUGAAAACCUGAACAUCCUAUGACCUUGUGUAGUUUGAAUCUGAUUGUUCAUUUCAAAGCAACUGAGACGGUAUUUAUGCUUUCAUUACACGAAUAAAAGAAUACAGAAUAUG